UAAAAAAUUCUUCUUUCUAGAAAACGUUCGGCGCAGUCAAAUCGCCGCAAAUUAAGUUUACUUUCCUCUUCCUUCAUCAUCUUCGUUGUAAUCGUCUCUGCAAAUAAUUAAUUUACAGUAUUGGAAUAGGGCCGCCAUUGUUAUGGCUGCAGCAGGAAUGGAGGAUUGGAGUUUGCAGGCAAUAGUCAGAGGGCCAAGUGGCGAUCUAUCGAAGAUGUCUGAGAAUCAGAAAGUGCCCUUUUCAGACGACGUCGUAUCGGACUCAAUCCACUGUCGUCACGGAUUUGAUGGAGAAUUUCUGCUCAGUUUUCCCGACGAGUUGCAAGAUUUUUACAAGCCGUUUUAUCCGGCAGCUUCCGCGGAUUCUCUUCCGGCGGAAGCCGCCGGUGAGUUUCAGCAACAGAACGUCGGCCACGACGGGAAAUCCGAUCGGUCAUCAGAGACUGCUGCUGCUGCUGCUGCUGCUUGUGUGCCAAAAUACAAGAGAAGGAAGAAUCAGCAUAAAAGGGAAGUGAUUCACGUGUCGGCUGAGGGAUUAGCUUCAGACAUGUGGGCUUGGCGUAAGUAUGGCCAGAAACCCAUCAAGGGCUCUCCUUACCCAAGGAGCUAUUAUCGUUGCAGCAGCUCCAAAGGUUGUUUGGCAAGAAAGCAAGUGGAGCAAAGCUGUACGGAUCCAGGAAUGUACGUGAUCACAUACACAGCAGAGCACAGCCACAGUCAGCCCACCAGGAGGAAUUCCUUGGCAGGAACUGUCAGGCAGAAAUUCCCAUCUUCAAAACCCAAACAAGAAAUAACAAUUAAGCAAUCUCCAUCCUCCCCUAAACCUCCUUCAGUCAACGACGAGACCACUAAAUUCGAUCAGGAAGACAACCUGCGUGGAUCAGAUGAUCUAACCUACUAUGACAAUCACGAUUUCACCAUCCCUGGUUUUGUACUGAAUGAAGAUUUCUUCUCGGGCCUGGAAGAAUUCGAUGAUUUCGUGUUCGGGCUGCAGUCACAGCAACUUCCCUUAAGAUCUUACAGCUGACAGACAAGUUUAGGACAUAUAUAAUAAUACAGCCUUUGUUAUUACAUAUAGAUCAUAUCUGGUAAUUAAUCAAUCCCAUUACAUAUAUGUGUGUGUGUGUAUAGAUUGUUUUCUUGUUCUAAGUUAAAACCACACGAUGUAACAAUACUCCGGCCUUAUUUACCACGUACAAACUAGCUAUGGAAUAUUCCGGCGAGAUCAGUAGUCGAUCAUGUCGGACCGGUCAUAAUCAGCACCACCAAACGGUCCCAUGUGUAAACCCGCAGGUUUACUUUGUCCGAGCAGCGCCGCGACGGAGCCGACAAAAGCUGCGUUUAUAUAAGUCGUGGGUUCCGCGUGCGCGUAAUCGGAUCUCGAAUCUGGGUAACGGUCGUUGGAAUCGGGCCCUCCGACAAUGGCGCCGACGUGAAUGUUCGGAUUCGGCUUUUGGGAAGAAAACCAGGAUU